UGGCGUAAGAGGACAUCCGGUCCGGCUCCUAGUGUCGGAAAUUGGCUCUGUCUACCCUCCUUCGGUUUUAGUAGCUUCUUCCCUGGAGUCGCGGCCCGCAAGUUGGAGUUGCUGCUGUCGCGGGCUGGCCUCACGCUGUUCCCUGCCCCUCUGCCCCCGGAGUGAGCCCGGCCUCCCCGCAAGGGUGAGCGAGAAAGAGGGGUAAAAUGCCUAAAAAAAAGACUGGUGCGAGGAAGAAGGCAGAGAACCGCCGGGAACGGGAAAAACAGCUCAGAGCAUCAAGAAGCACCAUAGAUUUAGCUAAACAUCCAUGCAAUGCAUCAAUGGAGUGUGACAAGUGUCAGAGGCGGCAGAAGAAUAGAGCGUUUUGCUAUUUUUGCAAUUCUGUACAGAAGUUACCAAUUUGUGCACAGUGUGGGAAAACAAAAUGCAUGAUGAAGUCUUCAGACUGUGUCAUAAAGCAUGCUGGUGUGUACAGUACUGGCCUUUCUAUGGUGGGUGCAAUAUGUGACUUCUGUGAAGCUUGGGUUUGCCACGGUAGGAAGUGUCUCAGCACACAUGCCUGUGCCUGUCCUCUUACUGAUGCUGAGUGUGUGGAGUGUGAGCGAGGUGUCUGGGACCACGGAGGCAGAAUAUUCAGUUGUUCUUUUUGUCAUAACUUUCUCUGUGAAGAUGAUCAAUUUGAACAUCAAGCCAGCUGCCAGGUUUUAGAGGCGGAAACAUUCAAAUGUGUUUCAUGCAAUCGACUUGGUCAGCAUUCCUGUCUUCGUUGUAAGGCUUGUUUCUGUGAUGAUCAUACAAGGAGCAAAGUAUUUAAGCAAGAAAAAGGUAAACAGCCUCCCUGCCCCAAAUGUGGACAUGAAACUCAGGAAACUAAGGAUCUCAGCAUGUCAACACGGUCCCUGAAAUUUGGCAGGCAGACUGGAGGCGAAGAGGGAGAUGGAGCUUCUGGUUAUGAUGCCUAUUGGAAAAAUCUUUCUUCUGAUAAGUAUGCUGAUAGCAGCUACCAUGAUGAAGAGGAAGAUGAAGAAGAAGCAGAGGAUGAUGAAGAGGAAGAAGAUGAAGUUGGAAAGGAUUCAGAUGCCGAGUCAUCAGAUUUAUUUACUAAUUUGAAUUUAGGAAGGACCUAUGCCAGUGGCUAUGCUCACUAUGAGGAACAGGACAACUAGGAGAGCUGCUUGCCCAUGGGUGACUGUGUCCGAGAUGAGCCAGAAUCUGUGUGCUUGAUGAAUUGGGUGUGGAUGUUCAGAAGUACUGUCACUUAGCCUUGUGCAAAAGACUAGUCAUGCACUCCUGGGGGCAAGGAGUGGGGCAUAGCGUUUUUAUAGGAGCUGAUAAUCAGGCUUAUAGCAUAAGAAAAAAUGAGUUCCAAGUAUAAGAUGUUUAUUGAUUCCCAGCAAUUGAAGCAUCAUGGAUUGGAGUUUUACUGAUUUCAGUAAUCAGUAGGUUAUGCCAAUUAGAUACAUACACAGGAUAAAAAAAUAGAAUGGUAAUAUAUUUGAUUGAAAUUAGGUUGCUGUUUUUAUUUAAAAAACACCGCUUAUAUUCAUUCUCUCUGAUUUUGUAAGAUGGUAAUGGGUAAAAUGAAUUAUUGUAUUUUUCCUUAUAGUCCACAGGAUGAGAAUCAAAUGUUAAAUGCUGAAUUUUCAUUAAAUAUCCAUGGUAUCUUAA